CUGUGCUUCGCAGAGUCAGCUGUUCGCUGGGAAGGUUCAGCAGAAUCAAACAACAAAGAAUUUUCCAACUUAUACUAUACAACGAUAUAAAUAGGCAGCACGGUUGACCUUGACGUUGGGCGAUGUCUAGCCCCCAUAUCAACUACCGCUCCCUGGCCGAGGAGGCGGCCAGUCCGUUCCUGGAGCAGCAUCCCUCCGCGGGCCAAGGCCCAGCAAAAACACAAGACGCAAAAGCGAACGCAGCUGCUGCGCAUUUAGACCCCCUCGGCGAACACGGGAUGGAGCAGCCGCUGGAGGAACACGACACUGAGCACGAAGGCGAGGACACGCCCCGAAACAGUGGCGUCAUGAUCCACAUGGUGCCGGAGACGGGGCGUGCACGGUGGAACCACAUCGAGGACCUGGACUCUUUCUUCUCGCGGAUGUAUCAGUACCAACAGAAGCACGGAUUCCGGGUGAUUGUGCUGGACGAGAUGCUGCAGGUGCUGGAGUUCGGCUUCGUCGUCUGGCUGCUAACCUUUGUGAUGCACUGCGUGCGCUUCGACGUCCUCUUUGGAGAUGCCCUGCCCAUGGGAGACAAUCCCACCAAAACUACUUUAUCCGAUGUGAUCAUCCCCACGGGGGAGUGCGUGGCCAGCUUCGGCUGGUUCACCUACCUGGUUGUGUUCAUUGCCGCCAUCUAUCUGGGUAUCCGGGUGCUUAAGAUGGUCUACCACAUCACCCAGUACGCCGAUAUCAGGAGAUUCUAUAACUCUGCGCUUCACAUCGAGGACGCGGACCUGGACAGCUUUACGUGGCACGAGGUGCAGCAACGCAUCCGUCGCGUCCAGGCUGAGCAGCACAUGUGCAUCGACAAGGAGUCGCUCACGGAAUUGGACAUCUACCACCGGGUGCUGCGCUUCAAGAACUACCUGGUGGCCCUGAUGAACAAACAGCUGCUGCCAGUGAGGUUCCACAUACCUCUGUACGGGGAAGUAGUCUCGCUCAGUCGAGGUAUGUUGUUCAACAUUGACUUCAUCCUGUUCCGCGGUCCGGGAUCACCCUUCCAGAACAACUGGCAGCUGCGGGAUGAGUUUGCUGUGAGGAGCAAUCAAACGGAGCUGGCUCAGCGCCUUUCCAAGCUGAUACUGGGCGUGGCGUUGCUUAAUUUGGUCCUUGCCCCUGUGAUCUUCGUCUGGCAGCUUAUCUACUUCAGUUUCUCCUAUGCGAACAUCUUGCGCAAAGAACCAAGUGCUCUGGGACUGCGCACCUGGUCCAACUACGGACGCCUCUACCUGCGCCACUUCAACGAGCUUGACCAUGAACUGGAUGCUAGGCUAAAUCGGGCUUAUGACUAUUCAGACCGAUACCUCAGCUCGUUCUCCUCGCCGCUGGCUGCUGUGAUAGCCCGAAAUCUGCUGUUCAUCAGUGGAGGACUGCUACUGCUCAUCUUGGGACUGGGCAUCUACGAGGAGCAUGUCUUCCAGGUGGAGCAUGUGCUCACCAUCAUCGCUGUGCUCACUGCAGUGGGUGUGGUCUCCAGAACUCUAAUUCCCGAUGAGAAUCUCAUAUGGUGUCCGGAGCAAUUGAUGACCGCCAUUCUGGCGCACGUCCACUACCUGCCCUCCGAAUGGCGACAGCAGGCGCACACGGCUCGAGUUCGCCAGGAAUUCAGCAACUUCUUCCAGUUCAAGGCUGGCUACCUGCUCAGCGAGAUCUUCAGUCCGUUCGUCACGCCCUUUGUGCUCAUCUUUGUGUUCCGGCCCAAGGCCAUUGAGCUGGUGCGCUUCUUCAGGACCUUCACCGUCUCCGUGCGGGGCGUGGGCAAUGUCUGCUCCUUCGCCCAGAUGGACGUACGCAAGCACGGCAAUCCCGACUGGCAGCUGGCCAGCGAACUGGAUGAGAUGACCCGGCCGGCGGCUCAACAGCCGCAGCAACAGCAGGAGCCGCAGCAGCAGAGUUUAGCCGGCGGCAAGACCGAGAUGUCGCUGUUGCGCUUCACCCUCAACAAUCCCGAGUGGCAGAUGCCCAAGGAGGCCAAGCAGUUCCUGCGGGGCGUCCGUGAGCACGCCGUGGGUGAGCUGGUGCAGGCUAAGACUUCGAUGGUGCAGGAGAACCCGCUGACCAACAGCCUCAUCUCGUUCGGCACCAUGGGUGCGGACUACUGCUCCAUUGCGAACUCGGUGCUGACUGCCCAACUGACGCCCCAGCAACUGGAGAUCUCACAGUCGCUGCGUCCGGGCUUAGGCCCUGUGUCCGGAGGAUUCCCCGUCGCGGCCAGCGACUUCCGCCAGAUGCUGCAGCAGAAUCUGUCCGCCAGCGUGGGCCCGUUGGACAGCAUGCGCCGGCUGCGUCUCAGUCGGGCUGAAGGCCGUUUGGAGGGUCCGUCGGACACCCUGCUCUACGGACUCUGUGGACUGGAGCCGCGCGUGGGCAGGAGUCCCUUGAACGUGGGCGUGGCCGACAUGUGCCUGAGCGCCCUCUAUCUGCACGAGCUGAGCCAGCAGAAGCGCCAGGCGCGCCAGUCCCGCAUCGACGAGGCGGAGGACGAGCGUCCGGGACCAAGCCACUGGCCACCACGGCCACCAGCUGCUCCGUCGACUGCCGGCGGCUCUGGCUCCGGCUCCCGCCAUACCGUGAUUACCUCAAAGGCUGCCGAGAGCACGCCGCUGCUGGGGAGCAUCCGCUCAUAGCAGCGGCCCGAGUGGAUCUAACCACUUGUAGAGCUAAGGACCACCCAUUCUGCUAUUAGUGAUUAACCUAAGUUUUAAAGUGUGAACGAACGAACGAGCGAACGACGUCGUCUAGUGCGUAGCUAAACUAAUGUGAAACUAAGCUAAACUAAACGAGAAGCAAUAAACAUAACUGCAUUAUCAAAAAUAA